CGACCCGAUUAAACGCUCAUUCGAAAGAGGUUCUAUUGACUUCCUUGGUUCAACAGGAGAAAGAGUCGUCAUCAAGGUUGCAAGAGAUUCAAAUCGUAACUUAAAACAAUCUUAAUUGCCAAAACAACCUUCCCUUACCAAACGCGAAAGUGCAAACGACGUACCCAAAAAAGAUUCGCUCCGAUUAUCGCCGGAGGCCAUCAAAAUAGCAAAAGAUAUCACUCAGCAAUCGCUUCUUGAUCACUUUCAAGAAACCCUUUCUCUCCAACCUCCGCGAUGUGUUAUCAAAUGGUCUUCAAAACUUGCCUAAAGAUUGAUCGCCAAAGUGAUCCCUAAAAGAAGAAGAUAAACUGCAUUUUAUCAAAGGCAACAAAUCAAUCUCUGCAUGACUUCCAGUCUUGAUUAACAACAGGCUUAUCAAGUAAGCUAUAAUAGCUUCAGGCUCCUACUUUGGAAGGAUACAAGCACAACUCAAAGCUGAAUAGUGGUACGCAAAAUGGCUGCAUACUACGAACAACAGCCGCAUAUCCCCGGAUCAUCUUCGCCACGCAAAGGAAUCAUUCGCUUGGUCCAACAUGAAAGAUCGCCAAUACUGUCAAACGAUCACGGCUCUCUUCCAGCAAAACCUGAAGGAAGAAACGAUUCCGCAAAGCCCAGCAUGCACGGAGCAAGUCUGGCCAGCGAUCCGGUACGUCAGCAUAGCUAUGACGAACGCAAAGCAUACAAUCGUCAAAGGCGGAAAGAAAACGAUAAUAGCCGAUCACGGAAUAUGGAUCGUGCAAAUGUGAUGAGACGUGAAAAUAGUGCUGCUUCUCAUAACGUGAGAGAGGGUAUGGAAAGUGGACCGCCGAUCAGUCUUCUUACACGAUCUUCACCUCUUGAUGAUGGAUCGAAAGGAUCAGGACGAUUUGCUAGAGUGAACAUGAAUGAUGGAGAAAAUUCAGAAGCUAGUGAUAUAAGAUCUGCCGGCCGACGUAACACAGCAGAUCAUAGCACCUCCCACAGAAGUGGUGAAGACAGCAGCAAGAGAUACCAUCACAACCAUCGAAGUGGAGGUAAUCAUGGGCCUGCCCGUGAAGUUCACUCACGUCACGGUGGCCGAUUAAACGAUUCGGAUAUUGCAAGUAUAAGUCAUGGUGGAGGCGGAGGAGGUCGUUCAGCCGGAGGAAGUACGUCUGGAGCAAAAUUGUUUGACCCUCGAAAAGAUGAUCCGGUUCGAUUUGCAGCAAAUAGAAAAGGACUUGGAAUCACCUCAACAGAUGCAAAUUCUGUCGCUGGAAUGUCGGACGCACGAUCUUUCGCAUCUUCUGCAACACCAAGUAUGGUUACAAUGUCAACUGCUUCAAGUGAAGGCAAAGAAAGGAGACGAAGACGAGGUCCUGGUUCUCGUGCUACUACUGACUCUGGCGAAGGUAGCUCCUCCAAACGGAAAGGACAUGGCGCAGCAGAAGGUGCUAUUUCUGACAACAAUAGCUAUGUCAUCGAACUCAAGCGAAGGUAUAGGGAUGUGGUCGUUCUUGAGCGUAAAUUGCAAGACGAACACAAACUUGCAAGCGAACAAGAACGAAAAUAUCAAGCUGAACAGUCCUCCAAUGCGCAAAUGACAAAUAGCAGCACUAUGUCAAGAACUCGGACCAAUACUGAUCGCCAUGGAUUCAAUCCUGACGGCUCGCUGCAUCACACCUAUUGGCUCGAUCUAAUUGCUAAACAUCGAACGUUAGCAGAAUUGCAUGUCGCUUUCAUGGAAGCUGCUCUCCGUCCUGGCUUACCCGCCUCACUUCAUUCACUUCCACAAUCGUACAAAAUACCCACACGGUUAUGGCAUACGGCUUUUCACAGUUUACUGGAACGCUUUAGACAAUCUUUACCUGAUUGGCAAACAUGUAUUGCCAUGCGUGAUUCCGGUGUUCCACCAUCCGAUCGAGAAAAGAUUAACGAAAUGCUUGAUUUGUUCACAGAGUAUAUCUAUUAUGCUUAUUCUUAUUAUACCAAUAUACUCGAAAGUGAACUUUUCAAAGUUUUCAGAAGUUCUUGGAUCGAAAAUUUGGGAGAUUUGGCAAGGUAUCGGAUGGCCGUAGCUAAAAUCAUGUCUUUCUUGGGCGUUCGUGAUGGUGUAAGACAUGGAGCAGAAAGACGUGACUCAGGAUCACAAUCUCGUACUCGAGCCGAUCGAAAGACGAGCAUUGAAUCACAAUUACCCACUGCUAGCCAGGAACAAGGCGACGGCGCCGACGAAGAAGCUUUGGAAGUUGCCAGUGCAGAAAUGGGAAAAGACCAAGCCAGUAUCGGAGCAGCGGCCGCACAAGAUUGGGAUUUGGAAGAAAAGGAAAUCUGGCGUAGCACAGCUCGUGGAUGGUAUGCAAAAGGUUUGGCAGACGUUCCUGGAACUGGAAGAUUGCAUCAUCAUUUAGGUGUCUUGAGUAGAGAUGAUGAAUUGCGAUCGUUGUAUCACUUUUGCAAAAGUUUGACAACUUCUCACCCGUAUCCUAGCGCAAGAGAGUCUAUAUUACCAUUAUUCGAACGUUCAGCACAAGCACGACGUAUUUCUGAAGAAGCUUCGAUUGUUGAUCUUUUCGUGCAUAUGCACGGAAUCUUGUUUACUCGAAUCCAAGUGGAUGAUUUCGAUGGUGUUUAUGUUCGCUUCAAGAAACUUCUCACUUUACGUUUGCGAGAGAAUGACUUUCGCAAUGGAUCAGAUACUGUCCUGCUUUCACCCUCGUCAUGGAUGAUGAUGGCCACAAUCAAUAUCGCAGCUAUCCUCCAGUAUGGAGCUGGUCAAGAAUCAGGCGAUGAAACGAAAGCACAACAGGGUAAGAAAGCAGACAAGCACGGAGAAGAGGACGAAGGAGAAGAAGAUGAAGAUGAUGAUGAACAGGCAGAAGGUGAUGAUAACGCGGGCGAAGAAGAAGAAGCAGAUGAGUCCAAUUUUGCAGAAGGAUCAAGUGACUUGCCAUGCGCCACGCAAAAAGCUUGCCGACUUGCGUUUGACAUGCUGGAAGCGGUGGUGGAUGCAUUCGCUGAGGAGAACAAGGCGGCAGCCAAUCCUUAUAUAACCUUGAUGUUAACCUUUUUGAGUCAAGAAUGCAAAAGCGAAGGCUACUUGCGCAAAUUGGAGAAAUUUGUCCCUUGGGAAAGUCUUGUGAAGCUAGGAAACUCUAUCCCCGCGUCCGUUGAGUCGAUCGAUCCACGAAAUGAUGCAACGCUCAAAAUUCGAAGUGAUGCAAUCCCUUUGCCGGAAGACUGGUGUUUACGUGGAAUGGCCUGGGUUGGAAGACGGGUGUACGAACGUGGAUUUUGGAAGCCACACAAGGUCGAAAGACUUGGACUUCGUAGUUCAUUGGCAUUAUUCGAAAAUGAAUUAGAGAUGAUCGAUCGUUGUACGAGAUGUACAAACGGCGGUGAUAUCUCUGAUCGUGAAAGUCAAAGUGGAACAUCGCAUCCUGAAGACCAUCACAAUGAAGAAGAUGAUGACGAUGACGAUGACGACGAAGAUAGCGAAGUUCAUGGAGCUCACGGAGGAGAUCAAUCCUCACGACCAAGGUUGACCCUCACUCUUCUCCGUUGGAAACGAAUUACGCAUGCUUUGACGAUCCUGAUCAAAACUGUUCCGGGUAUGGACUUUGACAUUGACUCAGGUUAUGUACAUGCUAGACAUGGUCGUAUGGUACUUGCGCCCCCUUUGAGCAGAAAGGUUGUUCAGUGGCGAGCAGACGAAGCCAGAGAAGAGGUUGAGGGAGCUAUAGGUCAUCUGAAGUUGGCGGCUUUAGAAGGCAGAACAGCCUCGCCCGAUCAGAUCGAUGUUGCACACAGCUCAACUCAAAUCGCAUUGACAGUGGAAGAGGAGGAUGAUUUGGAUGAGGAUGAAGUGGAAGUACCUUCAACGGAGACUGGAGAUAUUUCUGCCGAAAUCAUGGAAUUGACGAAGAAACGUAAUGAAUUGCGUAAACAAUUGCGGAUUGGAAAAGCUGCUAAUCAUUACCGAUCUACUGAUUCAAAGAGUGCAAAACAAACCCCUUUGCAGGAAAACACUUCCCGUCAUCAAUCAUCUGCAAAGCCCAAAGAAUCUACGAAGACUUCAAUCCGUAUCGUUCCAGGCUACACAACGUUGCUCUUGGAUACAAAUGUGAUGUUAACGCCAACGGAUAUUCUGAGCCAGCUUAUCAAGUCGAAGAGGUGGAUGGUAAUUAUUCCUCUUUCGGUCAUUACAGAAUUGGACGGUCUGAAACGUAGAGAGGGAGAUGUUGGAAAACGAGCGCAAGACGCUAUAAAAUUUUUGGAAGAAAAAGUGAAAACACAUUCAACAAAUUUUAAAGUUCAAACUUCUCGUGGAAAUUAUUUGACCGAUUUACGUUUUCGUACGGAAGAUAUUGAUUUUGGCGCAAACAACAAACAAACAGAUGGAGAUCAUGAUGAAUUGCACGAUCCUCAAACGCAUCCUGAUGCAAGUGAAGGUAACGAAGAUGGAAAAUGUGCAAUGGCACGUUCUGUGGAUGACGUAAUCCUUCGUUGCCUUUCUUGGCAAGCAGGAGCGCAUUUCAGGAACAGAUUGUUGCUUUUAUGUUCAGACGAUGAAGAACGAGCAAAAAGAGAAGCAGAAAUUGCAAAAAAGAAUGUUCCAUCUGUUGCCAAAGCAGUUCUCGUUACACUGGAUCGUAAUCUUCGAAUCAAAGCUCGAUUCCGUUCUCUAUCAGCGAUCGGACCAUCUGAACUCAUUGAUCUACUUCUCGAAGAAUCUUCUACCUAACCAUUACACAACGCUUUAGUUGCAUGUAUACUAGUCCUAUUGCAAGAUAUUAAUAAUUAUUUUUGCCACUUGCCAA